AUGCCGGUGAUGAGAGGGCUGCUGGCCCCACAAAACACCUUCCUGGACACCAUCGCCACCCGCUUCGAUGGCACCCACAGCAACUUUGUCCUGGGAAACGCCCAGGUGCAGUCACUCUACCCCAUCGUUUACUGCUCCGACGGUUUCUGCGAGCUCACCGGCUACGCCCGCGCAGAGCUCAUGCAGAAGAGCUGCGCGUGUCACUUCCUGUACGGCCCGGACACAAGCGACCGGCUGACGGCCCAGAUCCAAGGAGCCCUCGAUGAGAGGAAGGAGUUCAAGACCGAGUUGGUCUUUUACAAGAAGGAAGGGACGCAGUUCUGGUGUCUUUUGGACAUUGUACCCAUUAAGAAUGAAAAGGGUGAGGUGGUUCUCUUCCUCGUGUCCCAUAAAGACAUCACCGACAAGAAGAAGGACCAGGAUCCGGAGCAAGGACCUGACACAGAUGAGGAGACGGGUCUGGAGGUGCAUCAGGUAACUCGUCCCCCAGGCUUCAACGCCAACCGGCGCCGCAGCCGAGCCGUGCUCUAUCACCUGUCGGGACAUCUACAGAAACAAGACAAGAGCAAGCUCAAGAUCAACAAUAACAUGUUCGGGGAGAAGCCUCCGAUCCCGGAGUACAAAGUAGCAGCCAUUCAGAAAUCUCGCUUCAUCCUCCUCCACUACGGCACCUUCAAGGCCGGCUGGGAUUGGCUGAUUCUGCUGGCGACCUUCUACGUGGCCGUCACCGUGCCCUACAACGUGUGUUUCACGGUGGUGGGAGGGCGGGACGAAGGCGGCAGCAGCAGCAGCAGCAGCAGCAGCAGCGCCGCCCCUCGGAGCCCGCCCAGCGUCAGCGACAUCCUCGUAGAGAUCCUGUUUAUUUUAGACAUUCUGCUGAACUUUCGAACCACUUUUGUGAGCACGUCGGGUCAGGUAGUGUACGACGCCCGCUCCAUCUGCGUUCACUACGUCACCACCUGGCUCUUUGUCGAUCUCAUUGCCGCCCUGCCCUUUGACCUGCUGUAUGCUUUCAACGUCAGCGUGUACUUCGGGGUCCACCUGUUGAAGACGGUGCGGCUGCUCCGGUUACUGCGGCUGCUCCAGAAGCUGGAGCGCUACUCCCAGUACAGCGCCGUGGUGCUGACUCUGCUCAUGUCCAUGUUCGCCCUGCUGGCCCACUGGAUGGCGUGUGUCUGGUACUUCAUCGGCCGCAGGGAGAUCGAAAGUCCGGGCUCCUGGGAAAUUGGUUGGCUCCACGAGCUGGCUAAACGCCUGGGGACCCCGUACUUCCUGCCCCCCCUGGCCACGCUGGUCCCCUCCACAGUCAGCAGCCUUCCCGCCAACAGCAGCAGCAGCAGCAGCAGCAGCAGCCAGUGGAACGUGUCGGGGUCAGAGGUCGGGGGGCAGGGCUCCUGGAAUUCCAGCCAGUACUAUGGAAACAUAUCAGGGGGCGAGGCCGUGUCGGGGACGGGCACCGGCGGCCCGUCCAUGCGUAGCAGCUACGUGACGUCGCUCUACUUCGCUCUGAGCAGUCUGACCAGCGUGGGGUUUGGAAACGUGUCGGCCAACACGGACUCGGAGAAGAUCUUCUCCAUCUGCACCAUGCUCAUAGGAGCGCUGAUGCACGCCGUGGUGUUUGGUAAUGUGACGGCCAUCAUCCAGAGGAUGUACUCGCGCCGCUCGCUCUACCACACCCGCACCAAGGACCUGAAGGACUUCAUCAGGGUCCAUCGGCUGCCCAAGGCCUUGGAGCAGCGCAUGCUGGAGUGUUUCCAGACCACCUGGUCAGUCAACAACGGGAUAGACGUCAGCGAGCUCCUGAAGGACUUCCCGGAUGAGCUGCGGGCCGACAUCGCCAUGCACCUGAACAAGGAGCUGCUCCAGCUGCCGCUGUUCGAGUCGGCCAGCAGGGGGUGCCUGCGCUCGCUCUCCCUCAUCAUCAAGACCUCCUUCUGCGCUCCGGGCGAGUUCCUCAUCCGGCAGGGGGACGCCCUGCAGGCCAUCUACUUCGUCUGCUCGGGGUCCAUGGAGGUCCUGAAAGACAACACGGUGCUGGCCAUCCUGGGCAAAGGAGACCUGAUUGGCUCGGACUACCUGACGAAGGAGCAGGUGAUCAAGACCAACGCCAACGUCAAGGCCCUGACCUACUGCGACCUGCAGUACAUCAGCCUGAAGGGCCUGCGCGAGGUCCUCCGGCUCUACCCCGAGUACGCCCAGAAGUUCAUCAGCGAGAUCCAACACGACCUCACGUACAACCUGCGGGAGGGCCACGGGGCCGAUGUGGACUGGGAGAGCAAUGGCGGCCUGGUGAAGAAGCUGCCGUCGAUCCGUGAGGAUGAGGAGGGCGACGAGGAGCAGAACUCGGUGUCCCGCGCCCCUCGCUCCCCGCUGCGUCUCAGCAGGGGGCUCAACUCGCCCCUGCGCUCCCCCCUCCUCCCGCCCAGGCCGUUCAGAGCUCCCUCCGAGCACUCGCGUCCCACCACCCUGCAGAUACCUGUGGUCAGCUUCAGCAGCAUGCCGCCUGAGCUCAGCCCCAGAUUCGUGGACGGCAUCGAAACAGAGAGUAACUCCACCUCAUCGCAGAAGUUUGAGUUCAGUCCCAGCCUCUCACCUGCAGCACCGCCAUCCCCAUACCCCGGGACCCAGGAGCAGUCUGAGAUCAAGCAGAGUGUGUCUAAGCUGACGGAGGAGAUGAACACUCUCUCUAAACAAGUCUCCAAGCUCAGUCAGGAGCUGCAGGAAAUGACUCGCCUGCUCAAGCCCCUCCUCCAAACGGCACCACUGCAGCCAAUCCUGAUGAACAUGAUGCCAAAUUUAACCCCGCCUCCUAGCAGUGCCAGCCAGCUGUCGACGAACACCUGUCUCGCGGUGCCGCCCCCCGCCACACCUUGUCCCCUCCAGAGACCUGACAUUCAUUCCCUGCUGGACAGUGGAGACAUAGAGGGGGUGGAUUUGCCAGGAUGCCUUCUCCCAACUCCUCACUCACUGAAACGGCCUAAUUCAUCUCCGCCACAGCCCCCGUCCAAAUCCCCAGGGGGCAGAAUCAUCGGUCCCGUACACUCCGACCUUCUCUCACCUGAAGAUGGUCUUCCUGACGGACCCCCGGCGCCCUCCAGCCUCCACGCUUCCUCCAGUAACGGGAUAUUUUUGCCCCUGCUGCAGGACCAGCCUCCCCAUGCCUCGCACACCCCGUCACCCUCUCUCUCCUUCUCCAUGUCUCUCGCCUCCUCACCGUCCAUCUCCCCCUGCCAAGGCCCCCACCCGUCCCGACCUGCCAGCUGUGCCAGCAGAGGCCUGCUUCCCCCACCUCCCUCCCAGGACACCCCCCCUCCCCCAUCCUCCCACUGCUCAGCUCCCCCGUCGCUCUCAUCCUCCCCUGGAGACCACCGGAUGAGACCCACCCCCUCCGCCCCUCUCGUCUCCCCCGCCGUCUCCUUCCACCCCUCCACCAUCUCCCUGCCCUUGUCUCUGGACUCUGUCAGUGCGAGGAGAAGGCAGGGAGGGACCCAGACUCCCCCUUGGUGCAGGUCACAGCUGCGCCACAGGGAGGCCAGGCCUGCCGCUCGUCCUCCCCAGGAGCUGGAGAUGCAGGAGUGGGGGCGACAGGUGGAGGAGGGCAAGUCCUCCACGGAGCACAUCAGCUUCAUCGAUGAGGAGGAGCCAGCGUUAUGA